AUGAAGAAUACCACGGUGUUGAUGAGGAAUUGCUGUCGAUAUACAGGAACUGUAAUAACAAAGAGCUGUUGUAUGUUUGAUGUAGGACCUUUGAUUGAUGUUGAGUCUACGACCAGGAAAGGCUACUCGCAGAGAAGCGUCAAGUACAGCGACGUCAUUUUGAUGUGAUGCGACGCUCCGCAUUUGACAAAUACUAGCGACAAGGAUCUAUAUUGAUACAUCUGGAGCUGAUACGCUGCCCGCCAGAGCUCCGAUCAGGGUCCGACGCCUUCGGGUAAAAGAUGGAGAAUGUACGAGAAGAAGCAAGCGGCUCUGGAGCGAGCUAUAAGUACCCCUUCAUCGCCGCUAUGAGGACCUUGUUGUCCUACUCAUACCUCACUAUCAUCGAAUCCGGAAACGCUGAAGAUCAAACAUCCAAUCAAAUAUCAACAUGACGGACUUCAAGGGACACUGCCACUGCGGACAGACGGAAUGGACUGCUACGCUGCAGAAAGAUCAACAGGCCCAUAUUCUCUGCCAUUGUAAUACCUGCAAGGAGCUUUCGGGCUCAACAUACACGCUGAACCAAAUCAUCCCCACCAAGGCCCUCAACAUCACCAAGGGCGGGGAUAAGUUGGGCAAAUACACCUACAAGGGUGACUCCGGCAAGGGAGUGCACUGCUACUACUGCCCCAACUGCACCUCGCACAUUUACCACCAGCAAGAGGCCCUAGGUCCCGACAACAUUGUUCUCCGCACCGGUCUUCUCGAGGAAGGCAUUAAGAAAUUCACACCUGGUGCUGAGAUCUUCGGAAAGGACCGUCUUUCAUGGGAGAAGGAGGUUGCGCAGACGUUCGAGGUUAUGCCUCCAUCGUAGAUAAUUGUAUCCGGAGAUAGCUGUUAGUUGGUCAACUUAGGCAAAAGUUAUGUCAAUGGAUUAAAAUCUCCAACAAUUUCGAAACUGUGCGAGU